AUGCGUUGUACUUUUCUUUGGAGAACACAAAGUGUUUUGCGUGGCGUACGAGCGGCUACUGAGGUUAAAAGCGUGCUCAGAUCUUUGCCAUAUGAGCGGAGACUGGGCUUCUUGCGUGCACUUCAUAGUGAUGUCUUAAAUCAUGAAGAACAAAUUAUGGCAGCGAAUCGUUUAGACUGUAGUGCGUUCGCACAACAACAACAUAAUGUCGUCUCACCACGCCCUUCGUUUGGUAAAAGUUCAUCAUCUUUCUCUGUUGACGAGAGUAUUAAAAAUAAAUGGUGCGAACCUUCGUACAAUAGUACUCAUAGUGAAGAUCGCACGGAGCUAUCACCAUUGCGUAUCAAGAAACUCUUGGCGGGGAUAGAGGGUCUAAUGCGUUUUCCUGAUCCAAUCAGUACGUCCUCUACGGAUGUUAAAAUAACACAGGAAACAUGUUCAUCUUGUCAACUCGCUGUACAAGAUGUGCCUGUGCCACUGGGUGUUGUAGGUGUUCUCUCACGUUACCGUCCAAGGAUGACGUUAGAUGCUGUGGCGAUGUGCAUUCAGUCCGGUAACGCUGUUAUCAUUGACGGAGGUGCUUCAGUUAUGAAUACUAACGGAGCAAUAAUGGCAAGUGUACGGCGUGCAUUGAUAGCUGCUGACAUUCCUGUUGCUGCAGUCGUUUUUGUGGAAGCGAAUGAGACGGAAAACGAUGUUACAGCUGAGUGGUUACAAGCUUCUGAUUCUGUUGACCUCGGUAUUGUUUGUGGAAAUAGCAAACUCUACCACUACGCAUGUCAGCGAGCAGCAAUACCCCUCAUUAGGGCAUCUGGUCGUGCCUGUAGCCUGUAUGUGGAUAAAAGUGCCGACUACGAAACAGCGCUACGGGUUGUGUUGAAUGCUAAGUUUCAGCGACCCAACGCUACCAACGCCGUAAACACACUCAUACUACACGAAUCGUAUCCUCGCAUUCAGGAACUGCUACAUACACUUAAUUCACAAGGAGUUUUAUUGCUGGGUGACACGGCAGCUAAGAAACUAGCAUCUUCUUGUAUUGACAUAUUAGCAUCGGAGGAGGUAUACAAUGGCCUUACGGAGGGAUUAGCGGACUUUCAUCGUGUACUCUGCGUAAAGGUGGUACGCGAUCUGCGUUCUGCUAUAUACUUUCUCGAUCUCUUUGGGUCAGGACAGUCCGAUGGCAUCAUCGCAACAGACGAGAGUGCUAUUCGUGAGUAUUGCGAUCUAGUGGACACUGCGGUGGUGCUCGUUAAUGCUUCCACACGACUUUCUAGCGGAACGGCACUUGGACGUGGCGCAGAUCUUGCAAUUGCGACAUCAAAGGUGCACGCGCGAGGUCCCUUGACACUUGCCGUAUUGACAACAAAAAAGAUUGUGGUACGUUCCAUGAACCCUGAGGGUGCAUUGCGUCAAUAG